GAGCUAUAAAUUAUCUCACAAUUUAUUUAUUUAUGGAUCUUAGUGUCAGUGAUUAAGAGGAAUUGAGAACGGUGUCUACUUUCACAUGCUAUCAUGUUUUAUUCUUGGUGUAGCAUGUAGGUAUGACUGAUGUCCACAUGGGGACACUGUAGACCAUCACAUUGCGACGAUCUCUUUGGUGAGUCGGGGCUCCUCCCAGAUUCAGCGGAUGUUGUAUCUGUGGGCUUUGUUACAAAGAGAGGUCGGACGACAAAGGACGGGUUUCUCGUUUAGUCGUGAAAAUGAAGAAACAUUUGUCGGGAAUACUGAUUUCUUGAUUUCUAUCUCGCGGUGGUUGCUACGUGUCGUCCAGUUUUACAUACAUGCUCCUUCUCGAUGAAUGGAAUAAUGUCGUUGCCGAGCAGAACGAGCUGCGUGUGGAUUUAUCUCUUGUUCGUGCUGCUGGAUUGUUACUGGGAAGCGGUGUCUGGGCAGCUCUCUUACUCCGUCUCAGAGGAGGUAAAUCUGGGGACUGUCGUCGGAAAUAUCGCUAAAGAUCUGAGCAUCAGUGUCCAGGAUUUUGAGUCCCGUAUGUUUCAGAUUGUCGCUGGAUCAAAGAGGAAAUAUUUCGAGGUAAACCUAAAGACUGGUGUCCUGUACGUUAAUGAGCGGAUAGAUCGAGAGGAACUCUGCGGAGACGAGCCCAAAUGUUCACUCAGUGUUGAAGCGGUUAUUAAUAACCCACUGAAACUGUACCGGAUUGGAAUCAUAAUCUUGGAUGUAAAUGAUAAUUCUCCAUCAUUUCUCAGAAUGUCCCAGAUAAUCAACAUAACGGAGAGCACGGCAGCAGGGGCGAAAUUCCCUUUACAUUCUGCGGACGACGCAGACGUCGGCAGAAAUACUGUAAAUACGUACAAGCUGAGUCAAAAUGAACACUUCUCUCUGGUUACACAUAAAGGUGAGAGUGUAACUCCAGAAUUACUGCUGCAGAAAGUUUUAGACAGAGAAAAACAGUCUGUGAUUAGACUCACACUGACUGCCAUAGACGGAGGAACACCUGCUAAAUCUGGCAGUAUGACGAUUAUAGUGAAUGUGUUGGACAUUAAUGAUAACGCACCUGUGUUCAGUCAAACGCUGUACAAAGCCAGCGUGCAUGAGAAUGUGAAGAUAGGCACAGCGAUAAUAACACUAAAUGCUACUGAUUUAGAUGCAGGACAGAACGGACAGGUGUUAUAUUCAUUCAGUGAAGUAGGCCGAGAGAAACAAACUGAUCUGUUUGCUAUCGAUGAAAAAACUGGGACUGUGACAAAUAAAAAGAAUAUCGACUUUGAGGAGAACAAUGCUUUUGAGAUUCGAGUGCAGGCCAGUGAUGGAGCUUCUUCUCCUCUCACCUCACAUGCUAAGUUAUUGAUUGAAGUGUUAGACGUCAAUGACAAUGCUCCUGAAAUUUCUGUGACAUCACUGUUAAACACUGUGAAAGAGGAUGCAUCCAUUGGCACCGCCAUUGCACUUGUUUCAGUCUUUGAUAGAGACGGAGGUAAAAAUGGCCUCGUACACAGUGAGAUUUCAAACGAUGUCCCUUUUAAGUUAGAGUCAAAUUAUAAGAAUUACUAUUCGUUGGUGGUGGACGGUCCUCUGGACAGAGAGAAAGCAUCUCGGUACAACAUCAGCAUCACAGCUACUGAUGAGGGCAGCCCACCUCUCUCCAGCACCAGCGUUAUUAAGGUACACGUCUCAGAUGUGAAUGAUAACGCACCUCUAUUCACAGAAAACAUUAUCAGUGUCUAUGUGAAAGAGAACAGUCCAGUAGGAGCAGUUAUUAAAACUGUGACUGCAACCGAUGCUGACAUCGAUCAAAAUGGUCAGGUGAGCUACUCGUUUUUACAAAGUAACAGUGACUCACUGCCGUUUGCUUCAAUGGUGAACAUCAACUCAGAGACUGGAGAUAUAGUCAGCCUGCAGUCCUUUAACUACGAGGAGCUAAAAACCUUCCAGUUUAAAGUUCAGGCCACAGACUCUGGUGUUCCUCCGCUCAGCAGCAACGUGACCGUCAACGUUUUCAUUCUGGAUGAGAAUGACAAUAAUCCAGCCAUUCUGGCGCCCUAUUCUGAGCACGGCUCCGUUAACAGUGAGAGCAUCCCCUAUUCUGCUGAAGCGGGAUACUUUGUGGCAAAGAUCAGGGCUGUAGACGCAGACUCUGGAUACAAUGCGCUGCUCUCUUAUCACCUGUCUGAGCCCAAAGGAAACAACCUCUUCCGGAUCGGAACCAGCACCGGGGAAAUCAGGACUAAGAGGAGAAUGAGUGACAAUGACCUGAAAACUCACCCCUUGGUGGUGUUGGUGUCUGAUGGCGGAGAACCCUCCCUGUCAGCUACUGUGUCUAUUGAUGUGGUGGUGGUCGAAAGCACAGCUGACAUCCAGACUCAGUUCAGACAUGUGCCCAGAAAGGAGGAGAGCUUCUCUGAUUUAAACCUGUAUCUGCUGAUCGCCAUUGUGUCGGUGUCGGUCAUCUUUCUGCUCAGCCUCGUCACUUUAAUAGCUGUCAAAUGUCACAGGACAGACGGCACUUUCAGCAGGUACGGCGCCCCAAUGAUCACCACCCACCCUGACGGGAGCUGGUCUUACUCUAAAGCUACUCAGCAGUAUGACGUGUGUUUCAGCUCAGACACGUUGAAGAGUGACGUAGUGGUUUUCCCCGCACCGUUUCCGCCUGUAGACGCUGAGCUCAUCAGUAUUAACGGAGGGGACACUUUUACCAGAACUCAGACUUUACCUAACAAAGAGAAGGUAAGCUAAUUGGCAUUAUUGCCCUUCAUUUAUGUCAAUAACUGACAGUUAAAUUAUGCCUGUUUCACUGUGCAAAUAUCUCUUGCUGAUUUUUCUGAACAUCUUCAGUGAUGUUUCUGGAAUCUUUGGGUGUUUCAGAACUUUAAACAUCGAACUCUCUCCUCCACUCAACUCACCUUAGGCAGAUCAGACUCAAGUUUGUGUCUGAAUGGCAAACUACCAACUGUGGCCCGAUGUGUCUUUCUCAGUUUGGCUUUCAAUUCUGCAUUUAAAUUUGUGUGUUGCUGUCCAUGGUUCUGAACUCAAGUUGCUGAAUAUGUUCUGCUGACUGUGACGUUUGGAAAAUAUAGACGUGUUCCAUUCUCAGACAGAGUGUUCUUUCUGUUCAAGUGCACAGUAUAUUUGCAAGUGUACACAUACC